GGCCCCCCCUCCGCCUCCUCCCCUUUUUCUCGCUCCUUCCUCCCUCCCUCCCAUUGUCCGCGCAGCUGCCGGGCCCUCGGCGGAGCGCGGACUCUCCGCUCUCCCCUCCCCCUCCGACCCGCGGGAUCGCGCUCCCAGACCAGGCUCGGCUGGGGUCCAGCUCGCCGCUUGCCGCUUCCCGGCUCUGCAGGCCGCGGAGCGGGAGAGGGAGAGGCCGCGGGCGGGGCGGGGAGCGAGUUAGUGAGGGCCCGAGGCGGGCCCGCAGGCCAUGGAGCCGUCGGCGCGGAGGAGGCCGCACGCGGGCGCGAGCUCCUCAGGAGGCGGCCACCCGGGCAGGCAUCCCACAGGCAAAGCUGAAGAUGGGUCUCGAACCUCUCCUUUCCAUCUUGACCUGUGGUUCUACCUGACAUUACAGAACUGGAUUCUGGAUUUUGGCCGCCCCAUUGCCAUGAUAAUUUUCCCUCUAGAGUGGUUUCCACUGAACAAGCCCAGCGUGGGAGACUACUUUCAUAUGGCUUACAAUGUCAUCACACCAUUUCUCUUACUCAAGCUCAUUGAAAGGUCCCCCAAGACCCUGCCUCGAUCCAUUGUGUAUGUCAGCAUCAUCACCUUCAUCAUGGGCUCCAGCAUUCACCUGGUGGGAGACUCUGUGAACCACCGUCUGAUCUUCAGUGGCUAUCAGCACCACCUCUCUGUCCGAGAGAACCCUAUCAUCAAGAACCUGAAGCCAAAGACCCUGAUUGAUUCCUUCGAGCUACUCUACUACUAUGAUGAAUAUUUAGGGCACUGCUUGUGGUACAUACCCUUCUUCCUCAUCCUUUUCAUGUACUUCAGCGGCUGCUUCACCACUGCAAAGAAGGAGAGCAGGAUGCCUCGGUCAGCUCUGCUCUUACUGGGGCCCAGCAGCUUGUACUAUUGGUACCUGGUCACUGAAGGGCAGAUCUUCAUCCUCUUCAUCUUCACCUAUUUUGCCAUGAUGGCGUUUGUGAUGCAUCAGAAACGGAAGCGCCUCUACCUAGACAGCAACGGACUCUUCCUCUUCUACACCUUCUUCUUCACACUCCUGUUUGUGGCCCUGUGGGUGCUGUGGCUGUGGAAUGAUCACACCCUCAGGAAGAAAUACCCCGGGGUCAUCUACAUUCCAGAACCAUGGGCCUUCUACACCCUCCAUAUCAGCAGGCGCCCCUGAGUUCCUCAGGGCCCACAGCUAAGAGGGUUUUCUUGGGAGGGAUUUUGUGUGAGCAUUAUGUGGGGAAGAAGCCAUCCUCUUCCCAGUCUGUCCCCAACAAAGCAAAACAUGCUUCCCUCUGCCCCCCCC